AAUUUAUAUUGCCAGCCUCGAGCAGCCGAUGUAAUUGGCAUGGUUUAAUUGGUGGCAGGUGCUUGGAAGACUCGCACCUGACGUCUAGCAUUUAUAUCCGAAGUCGCCGCCGAAUAUCGCUUCCACUUUUAUUAACGACGUCCAUUAAUUUACUGCAACGAAAAUGCUGUGAAACUUCUACAAAGGUUUGGUUGAUGCAAAACUUUAUGCCGAGAAAAACGACAAUUUUCAAUUACAUCAUUCAGAAAAACGGUGUUGAAGGGACAAAUUUGCUGUAGAACUAAUGUUAUGUUUAUGUUCUCGGAAUCAGUUUCUUGGAGGUCACAUACGGUUGCCUGACCAACUGGAAGAAAUUUGACCAUCUUCAUCCUGUUAUUGUAAUAGUUUCAUUUAUUUCAUUUUUGUUUUAUUUUUCCAUUUUAUAUUGUUUUUUUUUUAAUGACCAUUGUUUUGUCUUCCAACUCAUUGUCUUGGAAACAAGCCAUCACAUCUCACUGAUCCCCUCCGUAUUGUGUUCGUUGUUCAAUUCUACAAAAACCAUCAUGCAGAGCCUUUACCGUUCUUUCAUGAAAUCAUUCAUUAUGAUCAUCUUCACUGUGACUCUGCUGCUGUUGAUUUUCGUUCUGGGUCCAAUGAGUGCUUUCUAUAGCAAGACAAGAGUCUCAACACAGACGUCGCCCGUCAAGAAGACUCCAAAAUCAAAUCUCACCAACAGCACCCGCUUCAGACAUAAUUUUACCAAAAGCUUCCAUGAAAUAUUGCAUUUGACUCUGAAAGAUGCCAUCACUCAACCGUCUGUGGUAAAUAGUUCCAAGUUCCAUGGAACGCAUCUCAUAACUUCUCCAAAAGACAGUCUACAGAACUAUGGCAUUGCUCAAACUGUUGAUUACAAUCUCUUCAAAGAGGACAUCGAAUGCAGUAAGGCGUAUGCCAAAAGCCUGACAAGGGUCGGUCUCCUCACGAGAAAAGAGUGUCAUAACAUUUUGGAUGGUCUUGAAAUGAUUGGAAUGGAGUGGGAAAAUGGGACGUUCGACUUGAAGCCAGAUGAUAAAGAUGUCCAUGCUGCCAAUGAACGGCGCCUGGCAGAGUUGAUUGGUUCAGCAGCAAAUAAGUUAAAUGCUGGCUGGGAUCGCAAUGACCAGUUGGCGACAAGUCUUAGACUGUGGCAAAAAAAUGCCAUCAGUGUUCAUAAGAAUGAUCUUAUUGAGCUGUUGGGUGUGAUCACUGAGCGUGCAGAGAAGGAGCUUGGUGUUCUUAUGGCUGGCUACACAGUAAUGCAGCAAGCUCGACCAAUCAGAUGGAGUCACUGGUUGCUUAGCUUUGGUUGGAAAAUCAAAAGAGAUAUUGAAAGACUUAUGGAUCUACUUUCACGAGUUGACUUGCUGCCACUUGGAAGUGGGGCUCUAGCAGGAAACCCUUUUGGGGUUGACAGAAUGUUUUUGGCCAAAGAGCUUGGGUUUGCUGACAUCAUAGAAAACAGCAUUGAUGCUGUCAACGACCAAGACAUUAUCUUUGAAUACGUUGCCUGGGCGUCGAUUAUGGCAGCUCACUUCCACAAUUUGGCUAAUGACCUUAUUUUAUACAGUACGAAAGACUUCGGGUUUGUUGAACUUUCCCAUCCAUUACACAAUGUCCAAAAUAAUGCCAGUAGCUUUUCAAAUGAGAAUGCUCGCAGCUUGGAAGAAAUCCGUGGUAAAACCAAUCACAUCUUUGGGGAAUACACUGACAUGUUGAGUGUCUUGAAGGAAUUCUCAAACCUACACAACAAUGAUUUUUUAUCAAAUGCCAAAGGAAUGUUUGACAUUUACAAGACAAUUGUGAAUGCUUUACCAAUAACCAGAGCAAUCCUUUCUUCUUUGAAAAUAAACCCAGACAAAAUGGAAGCUUCCCUCAGUGAAGAUAUGUUAUUGCCAGACUUGGAAUAUUACAUGGUACGAAAGGGCUUACCUGCUGACAAGGCGCACAGCCUGGUUGGAAUGUGUGUUAGAUUGUCACAGAAAAAGGGGGUCACUUUUUCGAAACUCUCUUUGGCUGAGUUGAGAUCUGUCAGUCCUGUUUUUGACCUCGAUGUAAAAUCUGUAUGGAAUUAUAACAACAGUGUAGAGCAAUACACACUUCCAGGAGGGACGAGUCAUGCCAGUGUACAGCUUCAAAUAGAUCAGUUGAAGAAAUGGAUGUCGUUCCAAAGAUAAUCGUUCUGCAGACCAAUAACCAAUCAUUGGAAUGCUCACACCUACCAACACCUUUCACUAUUUGUUAGAAAAACUUUAUAAGAAUUUCUGACAAAUUAAUUUAUUUAUUGUGUUCACUCGUUAUAGACUGGGUUUUCUUGUUCGUGUUUUUUUGAGAGUAACUUGUGUAUGUGUGUGUGUGCGCGUGUGUUUAUGUGUGCUUCUGUAUAUAUGUAUUUGAAUGUCUGUGUGUGUCUCUAUAUAUAUAUAUAUAUAUAUAUAUAUAUACAUACACGUAUAUACAUACAUAUAUGUAUAUUUAUGUAUGUAGCUAUGUAUACAUAAUUAUGCAUUUAUGUGUGUGUGUAUGCAUAUAUAUAUAUAUAUACACACUCACAUAUGCAUAUAUUUAUAAUACCCACCCACCCACACUCACACACAAUAGCUAUAUAACUAAACAAAUAGUUUUCAGCAACCCUCACCCUGACUCUCACUGGAAUUGAACCCACCUUUACGUGAUUCCAUUCUCUUCUAACAUUUUACUGCUUCUAUUAUUUUGUUUUAUAACCUCAGUAAUUAUUGUUGUUCUUGUUGUUGAUGUUGUUCUCUGUUGACUUCUUUAUGGUGUUGCUUCCAGUUUUUUUCUCCCCACCCACCUCCUUUGGCAUAUAUAUAUAUAUAUAUAUAUAUAUAUGCAUGUGUUUGUGUGUGUGUGUGUAUGUAUA